GAAGAAGAGACUGAACUAUAUUUUUCCUCUCUUUUCUCUCGUGGUUCCUCUUUAUUUCGUACACGCCCUCUUUUCUGUGUUUAUUCUGUUCUAUUUUCAUACCACGUUAUUAUAUAUUUCCUGUUCAUUUGUCUUUCGAAGUCAAUGCACACCUCAAUUGAGAAAGAUAGGACAGUAAAAAGAAUAGAUGUAUCAUUUGCCAAAUAUAGGCUGGUUUAACAAUAUGUUAGCACCGUUGGUAACAAAUACAACGUGGUGUAGUAACUCAUGCGAUCACGUUCACUGUCGCCAAAUAUUUGUUCCCUCUUCCUCAGUUUUUCUCACUCUUAUCGUAUACCCGUCUUUAUUUAUCUUUCGUAUACUUGUGAAGAUCUUGUGUUACUUUACUCCCUCCAGACUAGGGCCUGCUGCACAUGGUGGACUAUUUCUCUUUUUCGCACAGUGUAUUUUCGCCUAUCCGUCAGUAAGUUGCAGACCGUCGCCGCGAUCGAUACUAUUGGUACGGUCUGUACAUGUGACCGAAAAAGCCGGAGUGUUUUUCUCUAUUAACGAAUACGUUUUUCUUGUGUAAUCGGAGGUAAUUGUGUAAAUAUUAAAGAAAUACGAUAAAAGUAUUAAAAAAGCCUUCAAGCAUCGUCAUAACAUUGAUAAGCACGGUCAAAGAAAUUGAGCUCAUCAACUCUACAGUAAACGGGAGAUCAACCGAGACGCUAACACGUAAAACUGUAUGUGAGACGCCUGCAAGAUGCGGGACAGCCUACUGAUUGGAUUUCACAUCAUUUCCUGUGUCCAAUUUUCUUUCGGCGUGUAUUAUGAUUACACAUACGUCAAUGUUCCCUCGAGUAUUCUGAAAACGCAGAACGCCUUCGGCGGGAAAUUCAAAUAUCUCACUUUCUGGGAUGCGAUCAUUCAAGCUGUAUAUUUCUUUAUAUGUGUACUGAAUGAUUGCUUUGGUACAAAUGCCGUUAGCCCUAAGAAACCGUCAUUUAUUCGUAAAUUAAAGGAUUGCAUGCAUGCAAUUCUUAGUUUUCCGAUUGCCAUGUUCGUUGGAAUAACAUUUUGGAGUCUAAUGUUUGUGGAUCGUGAACUAAUACUGCCAAAGGCUCUGGACCCGUACUUGCCAUGGUGGCUGAAUCAUUUAAUGCACUCAAUGAUCGUAGUAUCCAUUGUAAUAGAAACGAUUUUGACACCCAGAAAAUAUCCAAAGAGAUUACAAGGUCUUCUUGGUAUAAUCACAUUCGUACAUAUAUAUCUUUUUUGGACACUUAUAAUCUACUACAAAUGCAAUGUUUGGGUGUACCCAAUAAUGGAGGUGCUGUCGUGGCCGUCCCGAAUUUUAUUUUUUAUUGCACUAAUAUCGUUCAGCAUCAGUCUGUAUUUUGUCGGCGAAGCAAUGGAUAACUUCUUUUGGGGUAACAAAUACACUCAACACCAAAAAUCUAACGCCAAGAUCAAGUAGUCCGCCCAUGGUGAUUAGUUGCGCUGACUUCGGUUAUAUAUUAGCCUCCUCUUAGGUGGUGGUAAAUAAAAAGUGGAAGGCAUUUUUUUAUCUCCUCCUCCCAUUUCCUCAUUUAUUCUACUUUAUGACAUGCACGCGUAACACGCCAAUGGAUAAAUUACUUUUCAAAAAAAUUAUUAGGGAACAUAGUAAUAUGUGCAUGCAAAGAGGAGCGCGUUUAUUUCUUUUCAAAACAGAAAGCACAAACAGAACGCGGUGAUUAAUAACUUAUUUGCUGAAGAGAGUUCCAUAAUUGUAUUGUAGCAUGUAUAUGUGUUUUUUUUUUCUCGUGAUGCUUGUAUCCUAUGCAAUGCAAAUAAUAGGAAAGACUGAUUGUAACGAUUACACUGCAUAUACUCUGUGUGAAAGUGAAGAAACACGGACAACACACAUACGUACACACGAUGCAACCUGUCACCAUAUAUCACAUUUUUGUACAUUUAACAGCCUUUGUUACUCUGGCAAUAAAGAAAUCGAGUAAAAUGUAGAAUAAAAAGAAGAAACAAAGCAAUACAGAAAAACAGUGAACUGUGGAUACGUGUGUGGAAUGAAUGCAUUGUUCCGCGUUUUGAGGGUGCAUCAACAGAUACGUUGUAAACAUUGUUUUCCCGAGUAUUAAAACCGGCUGUAUUUGUAUCGAGUAUAGGAAAAAAAUACGUGGCAGAAAGUGUCGGACCAGAUUUGAAAGCAUAAUAAAGCGAGGAAAAUCCAGCAAGAGGAUCAUACUUUAAUGGAAAUGGUCGAACAGAGAAAUCAUUAACACGUGUACCAGUUUGCCAAAGUUUCAUAUCAGCAAGAGUUCACGUGCUAAGAAGAUCACUGUGAUGGUAGAUGAGAAAUACCAUUUUUAUAUUCAUGACAGGUCAGACUCUAACUCGUGAGAUUAAGUUCUAAGUUUUCUCUUUCAUAUAAUGUACAAAAAAAUAUAUAAGAUACUUAGUCAACUAGGAGUACAGGGUUCGUUAACGCUUUUGUCAUAUUUCUAAACGUGAAUUAAAAAGAAGAAAUGUUACUUUUAAGGAUCUUCAAACAUUGCAGUUGCAGCAAAAUUAAGGUGCUUGUUAUA